AGGAGAAGAAGUCCAAGGCAAAAACAAAGAAACCUAACAAAGAACCUUCAGACAUUGAACCUGAAAUUAGUAAGCCAUCACCUGUCUUAUUCACGUCUAUUGUGAGGGACCCUGAAAAGAAUAUUUUCUCUGAAAUGCAUAAAUUAUCUGAAUUUGGAAACAAAGAAACCAAAGUUGAGCCACCAGUUCAGUCGGAGACUUUCUCAUUUGAUAAACAUUCUAGUCAAGAGGAGGACUCUGAUAAAGAUCUUGUACCUCCUAAGGCAAAGAAACCAAAGAAGAAGAAGAAAAAGAAGGAUGGGAAAGGCAAGGAUAGCAAGAUGGAAAUAGAUGACCAUCCAACAGUGAAUAACACUGAGAAACGAGAACCCCUCUCUUCAAGCUUUGGACAGAAAUCUUCAAGACUGGAUGCACCAGACAUUUCAGAGUUGGCUAAAAAGACAUACAACUUUGAUGCCUCACAGGAUUCAAUUCUAGAGAAGUUUGAAUGCAAGCCUUUUGGAGAAUCGAAAAAGAAAGAUGGACCUCUGUUUAGCAAAAACAAACUAAAGAGUCCUAACAAUGAUAACAAGUCAAAAGACAUUCUGAAAGAUUUCAACAAAGAUGUUCCUAAGGACAUUCAUAAAGAUGUAAGUGCAAAAGAAAGUGUUUCAGAUUUGGUAACUGCAGCUGUCAAAGAGCCAGUGGUUGAUCAUGCGUCUGUGGAUUCUAAAUUUCAUGAAUUUGAUAUCACUUUGUCACCUGAGCCUUUACCUGAUAUCAAUGAUACUCCUAUCCCAGUUGAAAUCCAAGUGUCAACAGAGAUCGAGAGUCCAGAAGUUGAUAUUGGUUUUAACAACAAGGCUGAAACGAAGAAAAGCAAAAAGGGAACCAAAAAGGAGAAAGGCCCUAAGACUGACAAGCCUAAGAAGACAAAGAAAAAAGAUAAGGAGAAACAUGUCUCUGAAAACCUGAUUGAGAAACCGAUUGAGAAACCUACUUCUGAGCCUGUAGAAAAGAAGGAGGCUGAACCAAAACCUAAAAUUCCAGUUGAAAUUAAACCAGAUAUAGUGGAACCUAAGGCUAAGGAAGUAGUCAAACACCAUUCUCCAAGGGCUAUUGAUUCUUCUCCAGAUCUGAUGAAAGUAUUUGACAUCUUAGCUAGUCCUCCAAGGGAAAAUGAAGAUCCUGUAUCCCCUCCUGUGGAAGUGAAGAAAUCACCAUUCUCAUUCCAAUCACCGAAGAAGGAGACCAUUGUUGAACAUGAUGAAUUUACGUUUGAGGACAGUAAUGAUGCACCUGAACCUUUCCCUAAGAAGAGUUUAGAUCCAGAUUGGACAAAGAGAUUCAAGCCAACAUUUGAAGAAGCCAAAUCUGCUGAUGAUUCCCCGCGGUCUCUGGAAGAAAUGGAUCCAAAGAAGCUUGUUAUACAUUUCCCAGAAGAAAAGGAUGAUACAGAAACACAGGAAGACCUGACAAUCCACCUCGGAAUCCCAAACACUGCAUCUCUGCCCAAGAUUCCAAGUUCAAUGGCUGAGGGGACUCCUUCAACAGAUGCUCCAAGCUUUCCCUCAUUGCAAAGUUCCCAAAGUAUCUCAUCCAUUACAAUGGUGUCCCCAGAACAUCAUGAACCCGAAGAUACCUAUCCCUCCUAUACUGACAUAACUAAUGAUGAAAAGGCUGCUCAAGCUGCCUCUGAUGAAGCAGCCCUAGCAGUAGCAUCUAUCUUGUUUGAAGACCUGGAUUCAGGAAGUGCAUUCAAAACUGAUGUCCCUGACAUUUCAUUACAACCUGCUGAUGAACAUCUAGAAGAACCAGUCUUGAAUGAGAAGGACAGAUUGUCUGAUUUGAAAGAGGCAGAAGCAGCAAUUGCUCACAUUCAAGGAACUGAUAUGUCUCCACAACAUGUUGGGAAAGUUGAUCUUGAACCCACUCCAUCUGAAAAAACAGGAAGCCCCCCAGCAUCUUCAACAAGUGAAGGAAGAGGAACCUGUAAUACAAAUAGAAAAGCAGGCUGAUCCUGUGCCGAAACCCCCCGAGAAAGUUCAGCCAGAAACUCCUGUCUCUGUUGCUAAUAAACCUGUUCCUGAAACAAGCAUAUUUAGUUCUCCAGACAUGGAUUCUAGUCUCUUUGAUGACAGGUUGGUCAUUGCUGAACCCAAACCCGAACCUGCUCGCAAAACUCCCAACAAGAGAGUUCCAAGGAGAGGAAGGCGGUCGACCAGGAACAAGGGAUCUCGAGAUGAAGUUGAAACACCCGUUGAACCAACUCAUCCGGAGGACCAAUCAUCUUCAGACCCACUCAGUAAAUCUGGUUUGAGUUCUGACAGCGAUAAAUGGGACUUUGAUAAAUCUGAAAGCGAAGACCUUCCUCAGCAUAUCACCUCUGUGAUAGACCAGCCAAGAAGAUUAAGAUCUCCAAGGGCAGAUAGAUCUCGUGGACGAGGAGCCUCGCGCGAGGGCGGAAACCAAGAGCAUGUAACAUCAACAAAGAAAAUACUGCAGACAUUUCUGAUCCUGAGCCUGUGAAACCAGUCUGGGGCGAGGAGACCACACGAAGGUCAUCAACUUCGGAUGAAAGCUUUUCAGGAAAAACAUACCCAUUCAGUUCUCGCCUGGAGAUGUGUGAGAGUGCCAUGGCAAAGACAGAUGACCAGGAAGAGGAAGAUUCUACUAAUUACAGUUUUCCAGAGCCAGAGGAGGGCAAUUUAGUUAUUGCUUCUGAAGAAGAUGACAAAC